AUGAAGGAAUCCGCCAAAAAGUUCUAUUGUGAAUUUCCUGGCUGCGAAAAGGCAUUCAAUCGUCGAGACUAUCUGGAGCGACAUGCUGUGAACCAUCUAGCAAUUAAGCCUUUUUUUUGUCGGCAAUGCAAACGGCAUUUUAGCCGUAAAGAUCUCUAUGACAACCAUCUAAACACACGGUUCCAUGCCAAGCGUCUUGAAGAAUUGGUAUUGGCUAGUUCGACGCGCAUGAAAAGGCACAGACCUAAAGACAUGGCCAAUGUAUUGGAGGACCAACCUGAGUACCAAAACCAGCAAGAACGUGCUCCUAGUCCGAGAUUUGUCCCCAGUCCGGUCCAGGCGCCCGCUGCCUCUGAGCUAGCGCAGCCACUGUUACCACUGAAUGACGGUAGAUCAUAUGCAGACUGCCCCAUAUCUCCCCCCGAGCAAGACACUUACUGGGGCACUUCAAUGUCGCCCUCGACAUUUGCUGCUCGAAGCCCCACUGAGUUGCAGGCCAACGUGGCCAGGUCGACUAGUCAAAGCCCCAAGUACCUUUACGAGAACAAUACCGCGGAGAUUCCAAACGGCUCUUUUGCACGAGACUUUAACGUGAAUGUCUUUGCAUCCCUGAAUGGUGGCCCGCAGCCAGAACAGUAUUUUGAUAAUCCAGUCUUUGACACCCAGGAAGUUGCCAAUGAGAUGGAGUGCCCUCGUACGUGGAGUAAUGUAUCUGAACCUUCCUUGGUCGCUGAUGACUGGAAUUGCGAGGGAUUAGACCAACCUGAAACGCCUUCUGAGUAUUUAUCCACUACUAAUGUCUACUUGGGUUCCAAGAAAGAAAACCUUCUCUUUGACGAGUUGGCAUUUUGA